AUGCACUACGAGACAUUCCCUCCACUAGAACUGUGUGCAUUGCUGCUCCGGAGGUUUCAGAGUACAUUAGUCAUAGCAGAACACAACAAUGAGACUUUUACACCCAUUACACUAAAUACUAUCACUGCAGCAAAACGUCUUGGAGGUGAAGUUUCUUGUUUAGUAGCUGGUACCAGCUGUGACAAGGUAGCACAAGAACUCAGCAAAGUGCAGGGUGUUGCAAAAGUUCUAGUGGCUCAGCAUGAUGUAUACAAGGGAUUUCUAGCAGAGGAGUUGACUCCCUUGAUUUUGGAAACUCAUAAAAAAUUCAAUUACACCCACAUUUGCGCUGGAGCAUCUGCCUUUGGGAAGAAUCUUAUUCCCAGAGUGGCUGGCAAACUUGAUGUUGCCCCUGUUUCUGACAUUAUUGAAAUUCAGUCACCAGACACUUUUGUGAGAACUAUCUAUGCAGGAAAUAUUCUUUGCACUGUGCAAUGUGAUGAAGCGAUUAAAGUAUUUACUGUACGAGGAACUUCUUUUGAGGCUGCACCAACAAGUGGUGGUAGUGCCAGUUUAGAAAAGUUAACCCCUCCGCCGCCUGUUGGUAUCUCUGAAUGGAUUGAGCAGAAGUUGACAAAAAGCGAUCGACCAGAGCUUACUAGUGCAAAAGUGGUUGUAUCGGGUGGGAGAGGCUUGAAGAGCGGUGAGAAUUUUAAGUUGUUAUAUGAUCUUGCGGAUCAAUUGCAUGCUGCAGUUGGAGCUUCCCGUGCAGCUGUUGAUGCUGGCUUUGUUCCUAAUGACAUGCAAGUUGGACAGACGGGCAAAAUAGUAGCACCAGAACUUUAUAUUGCCGUGGGAAUAUCUGGAGCAAUUCAACACUUGGCUGGAAUGAAGGACAGCAAGACCAUUGUUGCUAUUAACAAGGAUCCAGAAGCUCCAAUUUUCCAAGUGGCAGACUACGGACUGGUGGCAGACUUAUUUCAGGCGGUGCCAGAGAUGACAGAGCUCCUGAAGAAGAAGUGAGUGAUGGUGAUGGACCCUGCACUGCACCCGGGGUGUGGAAUAAUGGCAAAUAAAGGA